GUCAGAUUUAUGUGUUUAUGAGCGUUCACUCCUGUUCUCUAUAGUCGUUAAGUAGCAAUUCCGUUGAUGUAAGGAUCAAAGGAUCACAGACAUUCACCCUCCUGUGAUCUAGAACAAACCAACUCCUAAGAUCGAAGGAUCUCAUUGUGUAUAAAAAGGUGGUGAAUCCUCUUCAGACUCAGUUAGAACAUCAAGACUCCUUCGGAGCCCCGACGGACAGGAAGCAGGAAGCAGGAAGCUCUUCGUCUUUUUCUAUCUGCCGACACGAAGCUUCUGUUCCUCCGGUUCCGUCUCGCGGACAUGGACGGACACACUUGGUCCAGGCUGCUGCUGCUCGCCGCCCUGCUGAGCUCCGCUGCGGCCAAGAGUGUCCCGGUGUACUUCGUGGUCGGCGAGCCGCUGGUCCUGACGCCUCCCGUUUUCGGGCCCUUGAGCAGCAUCGUGUGGGAUCUGAAUGGAGACCUGGUGGCUGAGUGGGUCAACUCUCACUUGGAACUCCUCAGAUUUUCUAAAAGACACGCAAACCUGAACCUGGUGACCGGACAGCUGGUGAUCAAGAACACGACUGAAGCUCACGCAGGGCUUUAUAAAGCGGUGAUCAACGAGAUGCACGUUCUGACUUACCAGACCCAAGUGAUCAAGAGAGUGUCCAAGCCCGAGCUGCAGAUGGGACCCCUGACCUGUUCUGGAGACGCCACAGGGGCCGGGCCCGUCACCUACAGCUGGAGGAAGGGAACUGGACCGUGGGGGCCGGAGCAGAAGAGCCCGGACACCAUCCUCCAGAACGACAAGGAGGUCCAGGCUGUAAGAAUGAUCUCCUGUCGGAUGACAAACCCAGUCAGCAAGGAGGAGAGCGAGCCCCUCAAGAGCCCGUUCUACAGGGAUCCACCUCCUGGUCAUGUAGUCGGGACGGUUCUUGGUGUCCUCUUCGGGAUCGGUGCUGUUGUUGGUGUUGCUGUUUGGAAGCGAGAAGCCAUCAAGGACUGGAUCCGUCCAAAUUAAGGAGGAGGUGAAGAUGUUCUUGCAGAGGUGAGGUCCAGUUCUCCUGCUGCUGCCAGCAAUGAGAAGUUCCCUCAGAUCCAGAUUCUCCUCUGGCCGCCAUCGCUCCAUGGUCCACGUGUGUUCAACACUGAUGUCGUCCUGCCGGGUGAGGAGUUGUCACCAGAUACAACCCGAGCCAUUUUCAGACAUGAACUGGAGUUUCAGAAAUUCUUCCAGAUGGGGCUGAAUGCGAGAAAACGCAUAUGUUGCAUUUGUCCCUGGAACUUCUCCUGCCAGCCCCCCGAUGGGGAACAUUUCCUGUGAGAACGCAGCAGGGACAUUGACCCGUCGACAAUCUCCUGCUGCGUUCGUCACGUGCGGACGACGUAAAGGUUCCGGACCUCGCGUCUGAAAGUGGCUUCAGUGUCGCUCAGACCUCGGCCAAGGCCCAACAAAUUGCUCACACGUUGACAUGGCAGGGGUGUAGUUUAGUUUUUACGUUCAGUUUUUAUGUUUGCGUAAAACUGUUUUGCCACGGCCAAGUUUUAAAAUCUGGAGUUCGUCAUGUUCGUCUGUAGGGAUUUCGUUUGCAGAAGUGAUCUCUAGUUUCGUGCCUUUCACUCUGAACCUCUGUCGUCUGUAUAAACACUGUGCAAAAUGCAAUACUGUGAAGACCUGGAAUCAUUUUCAUGUUCUGUGUGGAAGAUUCCAUGGAAGAUUAAACAUCACGUGACACCAAGA